UCUAAAUUAAUAUCAACAGCCUAAUUUUCUUUUCUAUUUGUUAUAAAAGUCAAAGUCUAAACCUUCAAAUACACUUCGUUAUUAUAAAGAGAUUUAACAAGAAAACUCUAACCAAAAAAUGCAUUCUCUCGCCCCACAUCACACUAAUCCCUAUUUUGCUUCAGCAUCGGCUUUAGCAACUCCGAAUCCAUUGAAUGUUGGAGGGGCUAAUAACCUAGCUUCGCAAUUACACGUUUCCGUAUCAAAUCUCCAUGGUUUACAUAUGGGUAACGAUCCUUGGGGAGCCGGAGCAGGAACUCCGUUGUCUUUGCCGAUGCAACACCAACAUAAAAUGCCGCAUUUUGAAGAAGAAAAGAUUUAUUCUUUAAUUACUGAGCUAACAAAUCCUGCGAACAGAGAACAAGCUCUUGUAGAGUUGAGUAAAAAGCGGGAACAAUAUGAUGAUUUGGCGUUGAUAUUAUGGCAUUCUUUUGGUGUUAUGGCGGCAUUGUUACAGGAAAUUGUAUCAGUUUAUCCACUUCUUGUGCCUCCUCAACUUACAGGCCAGAUAUCCAACCGUGUUUGUAAUGCUUUGGCAUUAUUACAAUGUGUAGCAAGUCAUAGUGAAACCCGAGGAUUAUUUUUAAAUGCUCACAUUCCUUUAUUCUUGUACCCUUUUCUCAAUACAACGAGCAAGACGAGACCAUUUGAAUAUCUUAGAUUAACAAGUCUAGGUGUCAUAGGUGCUCUUGUAAAGAACGAUAAUCCCGAAGUAAUCUCAUUCUUGUUGUCAACUGAAAUUAUACCUCUAUGUUUACGUAUAAUGGAAACCGGAAGUGAACUAUCCAAGACGGUUGCUAUUUUUAUCGUUCAGAAGAUUUUGCUGGAUGAAAUGGGGUUGGCCUAUAUCUGUGCCACUUAUGAACGUUUUUAUGCUGUAGGAACUGUUUUGAGCAAUAUGGUUAGCCAACUUGUUGAGACACAAGCGGUUCGUUUGCUGAAGCAUGUCGUUAGGUGCUAUCUUCGCCUCUCUGAUAAUCCAAGAGCACGAGAAGCUCUUCGACAAUGGUUGCCAGAACCACUACGAGAUGCUACAUUUUCGCAGGUCUUGAAAGAUGAUGUGGUCACCAAACGUUGUUUAGCGCAACUCCUUGUUAACCUUUCAGACAACGUAGUCACUACGAAUUAAAUCCUUUCACUCAUCCUUUUUAUAUUGGGUUGUAUAAUUUCUUUUUGUUUGACUUUUUUUUGAAAGAUUCUUUUUCAAAAUUAUUUAAUAUAAGCGUUAUUUACUAUCUCUUCCUUUUUACUUUGAAAGAACUUUUUAUUCUGACUAUUUUCCAUUAUAACCCUUUUUUUGUAAUCUAUUCGUUUUAAUAUCUUUAAUUUCUUCUUUUGCUUCUUUG